ACUUUGCCACUGUUAAUCGAACGGUUGGAAGAAACGAAGCCGUUUUUCGAUUCAACCCAAAGCUUGAUACGGCGUAAUUAAUAGCCGGAUGAUCGGUGAUAUCAAACUUAACCUGAUAUUACAUUGCGUCAAAGAGUGUACCAGUUACAGUUAUGUCGACAAGUAAAUCGACGGAAUUGACGCCGACGCCGACGCCGACGCCGACGCCGACGCCGACGACGACGACGACGCCGACGACGACGACGACGGAGACAACGAUGGGUUUCAAGGACAAACAAAAGGCCUUGGAAACGUUAAAAGCUCUGGACGGCCGGGACAUUAGCUAUCAAUACCACGUAAUCGUGAGUUUCGUGAGUCGCACCAAGAGAACGCUACAAAUCACAAAAGACGAGGAGAAGCUUGCCAAUCUGCGGGAGGCUUUAAAAGUGUUCGAGGAUUGGCUGACCGAUUACAAGGAGAAGAAUCGCGGCAAGGAGAACCUCGCUUACUUGCCGAUCGAGACUGUGAAUGCCUUUAGGAUUCUUGCUCGCAAAUACGAUGUCUUGGACGAAGAAUUCUUCGAAGUCUACAAGAAGGAAAAGGGAGACUACAAAAGUUUACGGCUCGUAAAGUUCUCAAACAGGAAAAUCACCUGGGAUAUCGAAAGGAAUCGAAGAUUGAAAGAGAUCAUCGAUAAGAUAAAAGAAACGCACGCACAGUGGUACGAGACGGAUGUUGGGGAUUUCCGGGGAUUGCCGACCAAGGAACACGUACGGUGCGUUAUGUUGGGAUACAGUCCGGAUCCGUCUAAGCUGAAAAAGUUGAUUUCUCGAGUGAAAGAAAAGUUCGGUUCCGAAGCGUGCGAGAAGACAGUGGCCGAUGCCGAUGAGAAGGAGCCCGACGAGAACAAGCCAGCGAAGAGGAGCCGCGAAAGUUGGACGAGUAGUACGAGUAGCGAGUCCGAAGACGGAGAACCGGAUAAGAAAGUGGCGAAGCGAUCGGUCCGACGAGAAUCGUCGGAAGCUAACGGAGAGAAGAAUCCAAGAGAAGAAUCAAUGGUUUGAUAAAAGCGUUUUAUUAAACGGUUUGCCCACCGAACGGCACACUCGAUCCAUAAUGUGGGCUUUUAUUGUUAAUCACGAUAUCGGAAAACUGAAUCAACUGCUACCUACGUUCGCGGACAAGUUGAAAUGUUAGAAAAAGUUAUUCGACUCGAUCGAUGCUUGUACGGGUAAUGAAAGUUCGGUACUAUGUACAAAGGAAUAUUGAUUAAAUAUCGAUUUAAAAGAACGUUAUCGAUCAUGAUCAUGAUAACGAAAACGAAAACGAAAACGAAAACGAAAACGAAAACGAAUCUCUAAUAAAGAUAAGCUACACACGUAUACUUAGAGUUUAUAGUCUUGCUCCAAAACGAAAACUCUCAUCUUUUUACGAUAGAAUUGGUCGCGAUAGAGCCGACAUCUGGUAGACGGAUUCGAAUGUUUCGCCGGCGGCUGAUUGCGAGCCGUGAGCCUUCGUGCUUCGGAGUUCCGAGCUGCUCCGACUCCGAGCCAGCCGGCAUACUCGCCAUUUUUGUUGUUUUCGCGUCGUAGUCGUACCGUAGAAUUUCAAGAUGGCGCGAGCUGUCAAAGUUUUUCGACCGCGGAACGCUCAAUCGAUAGUUUUGAUUGCCGCUGUGCGACUCGCGAGAGUGGGCGAGCCUUGGGUCUGGUUUUGAGGUUAGGGUUAGUGACUCGGUGACACUGGAAACUGCGGUUACGAGUUCUUUCCGUGUGCGUGCGAGCGAACGCGGUGCCAGAACAGAACCGUCUCACGUUUUCGAGACGUUCUAUGGAACAGGACGUAUACAAGCACAAGCCCGAGCCCAUGCCAAUGCUACUUCGAAUACCGAUACCGGGCCAGACGAGCUGUGCAAGAUCGUAUCGUGAAAGCGUUCGUAAACUGACGAUACGAAACAUACAUACGUUCGAGAGGGAAUGGCACGCGUUCCCGCAACCGAUCUGCUUAUUUUCUGUGCACAAAUAAAAUCCUCGGAAACAAGGAAAUCUACGUACCGCUUUAGGCCAGCUAAAAAUAGCAGUUUCGUCCAUCGCGGUUCGUAGGCCUCUAUGUUCCUCGAUCAACGCUAUCGUGGUGCCAGUUCCAGUAUGUAUUUCUCGACAUUGUUUAAAAACGGAUCACGAUGUAACACGUGACAUAACGAUCCACCUCGUUUGUUCGCACGGUUUACUUGUUUCUUGCCGAUAGAAGAAAUCGAAAGCUAAAAUGCAAGUAACGACAUAGAAAGGGACAUGGUUUGAAAAACCAAGUAAGUUUGUAAAGGGUAGAAGGAAAAGAUGGACACGAAACAGCGAGCUAGUGCGCCAAAAGUUUGCGUCGCAAUGGAUAAACAAGUGAAGUGAAGUGAAG